AUUACUUCUUCAAAUAAGUACUUAUAAGUGUAAAACGAAGCUCCGGUCCUCAACUGGAUUCUGGAGUCCCAAAUCCCCCGAUCCUAUUUCUCCCUCAGCCUCACCUCACUGCCUUAGCCUCACGACCCCCUCACCCACUCACGCACAGCGCACGACCUCACUGGCGACUACGCCGAGUAGGAGGGGGGAUGUUAGGUUCUCCGUCCGACCGUCCCCUCACAGGCGACUAUGCCGCGAGAAUCCUGCUUUCACCUUACUCCAUCGAUCCAUUUUUUUGCAUCUUCAGAUCUCAGAAAAGGAUCAUUUUUGGAAGUGGUUCAUAAAGAUGGGCCGUGCUUUCAAGCGCCAAAGGAAAAAUUAAAUACUUCCACUCAUAUUCUUGUCCAGAGAAUUGCUCAAGACCAAUAUCGAGUAGAUUCACUUCAUUCAAAGUAUAAGCUAAUGUCCACAAAUCAUCGAUCAACAGUCACGCUUCCAGCCACACUUGGGCUAUCAAUGGGUUCAUUACUAUAUGUUGUGAAGGUGGGUCUAGGAACACCAGCCACAUAUCUCUCCCUUGAACUUGAUACUGGUAGUGACCUCACAUGGACUCAAUGUGAGCCCUGCACGCUACAUUGCUACAAUCAAACAGACCCAAUCUUCAAUCCCUCAAAAUCCACAUCUUAUUCCAACAUUCCUUGCAAAUCACCGUUGUGUGCUCAACUCGAUGCUCAUGGCUGCUUUAAAAAUUCCUCGUGCCUCUAUAGCAUUGAGUAUGGAGAUAAUUCAUACUCAUUUGGAUUCUUUGCAAAAGAAAAAUUAACCUUGACGCAAUUUGAUGUAAUUGAAAAUUUCCAAUUUGGUUGUGGCCAAAAUAAUUCGCUACUCCCCGAUGUAAUGACGUCCGGAAUCCUUGGACUCUCCCAAAGCAAUGCAUCUAUUGUGUCACAAACUGCUAAAAAAUACAAUGAGGUUUUUUCUUACUGCCUUCCAUCUUCACCUUGCUCUCUUGGCCACCUCACUUUUGGAAAUAUAAACGAUGUUCGUCAUCCCAUGAGUUUCACGCCCUUGCUAAAGAAUCCACAUGUGGACUUUCCUUUUUAUUUCAUUGAACUAAGAGCAAUUAGUGUUUAUGGACAAAAAUUACCUAUAAAUAUAUCAGUAUUUUUAAAGGUAGGCACUAUUAUAGACUCUGGCACUACCAUCACUCGCCUACCUCCAUUGGCCUAUGUAGCCCUUCAAGCUGCUUUUCAAAAACAAAUGUCCAAGUAUCGGACGGCUCAAAACGUGGAAAUUCUAGAUACAUGCUACAAUUUUAGCAAAUACAAUUAUGUAACCAUACCCAAGAUUAGUCUCUUCUUCAAGGGAGAUGUAGAACUGAACAUUGAUGCAUCUGGAAUCAUUGCUAUGCUAGACAAGAAGCAAGCAUGCCUAGCUUUUGCUGGGAAUGCAGAUGAAACAUAUAUUUCCAUCAUUGGAAAUUUUCAACAGAAAACACAUACUGUACUCUAUGAUGUUGUUGGGGAGAAACUUGGCUUUGGUGCCUGUGGUUGCUAGUAAGCUGGCUGAGCUUUAUGUGCGUUGUGCAUUUAUAUAAAUGAACUAUUAUUAUCAAAUUGUCCUCUACCUUGUAUUUUCUCAUAGAUGCACAACUCUCAAAAUACUAUGUUACAAAUUGAAUUAAUGAUCUCCUGCAUGUUGCAA